UUGUAUUAUAUUUUUCACAGUACAUGCCUAGUACAUUCGAUGUAAACGCGCCCGUACUAAGGCUUUGGUGCGCACCAAACUUAAUACGCGUACUAAGGUUUUGACGAUGUAAACUAAGCCUCAGGGAGUAAUAAUAUAGUCAUACCAUCAGGUACGACCGAGAUAGUUUUUCCAUAAAACAAGACUCCCUAUUGCCGGUUAGUGUUUACACGAAAUUGGUGUAUUCUUGCUAUUUCACGGCCCGCAGUGGGGGAGCCACACUUGCUGGACCUGAGGUAUUUGAUGCUUUAAUCAUUAAAUAUUGUGACGUCCCGUCGCCCCAACCCCUCCCCUUUUUCUUUUUUUCCUAUUUCUAUAUUUUUACUUAUAUUUAUCCUCUAUUAACCCCAUGGCUUUCCCUGAUACUUAUGCAUACCCGCAAAAUAAGAAUUAAGGUCCAUUUGAAUGUGACAAAGUACAGACUACUAGAGUAGUAUUGAACUGACUCAGCGUAACAAUCUGAGCAGACCCCAGACCCUAGAUACUUAUUCUUAAAUCAUACUCGGGGAGCCAUCUAGCGUACUAGAAGUAAACUAACAAGUGAUUCAGUCCUAUAUUACUGACACCUUUUCAAUUUUACUACUCAUGCUUAUCUUAAAAUUCUGAAUGACUGCUUUCCGCAAUUAUGAUGGUUAUAUCAAGAUUAAUAUUGUUUAUGAGGAAAUCAAAAUUAUAAAUAUUUAGUCUCACUUAAAAUUUUGUAAACUCGAUACCUCCUGAACCAAGAUUCCUAAAAUUAUGGAAACACCACAAACAGAACCAGUACGUCUCGCAGUAUCCAAGUAUACAAAUUUUAUUUUAAUCUUGAAACUCAAAAUUUAGACUUCGAGAUUUUCAAAAAUCCAGAAUAGCCACUAGAAGCGCUCUUAAAACAGAAUUUUUGGCGCAACCUAGAAUCCGGCACCUUAAACCGUUUCCGAAUUAUAAGCGAUCCAAAUUGGGAAACUGCCCCCCCCACAAAUGUAAAUAUGAGCCUUCCUGAUGAUACUGGUACUGUUCCGCCCUCAUUCCGAUACCUGAUUACGAGAUAUAAUAAUUUAAAGGUUUUGCUCGAAAAUACAUAAGCAAAAUAUUAAUUAACGAAUGAAAAUCGUUAUUAAAUAAAUUAAUUUUACUAAUCCUACCAAAUUAAAAUAACUACUUCAAGGUUUAUUAUACCAACUUUCGUGAACCUAACUAUUAAUUAUCUAAUUGUUUAUUGCUAAUGAACAAUUAAAACUUAUAAAAACUAAAGGUACAACUAGUAAAAUUAAUGACAAAUUAUUGCGCCGACCAUGUGCGAAUAAGAAUUAUGUUUUAUUAAAUAAGAAUUAAAUUUUAUUAACUAAUUAUUCCAUUAAGCUUUAAAGGGUAUUGCACCAGCCUUAAACAAUAUAAGUCAUUGUUAUAAUCAAUCUAACUAUGAAACAUUGAAAUCUUAUAAAACUUUAUCUCUUUCUGACGUGAAAGGUCUCACUCAAAAUAAAUCUUGAUUAGCUCUAUGGUCUAUGAAUGCAAUUAUCACAGAUAUAAUUAAUUAAAUAACAAUCACUUUUAUUAUACUAUCCUGCGAAUCUUAUAUUAAUACCGAAACUCUACUAUAAGUUAAGAACAAAUUUUGAGGCUUCUGCAAAAUAUUCGACAAGGCGUAUAAAAUUGUUAAGGCGCAUACAAUUGUGAAUAUUAAUUAAGAAUAAUUUUAAUGGGCCGGAACAUUAUAAUUAAUAAUGUGUAUCGGCACAUAUUGCUUAUAAAUCGGCAUUACUCUUGAAGCCUGAGAAAUAGUAACUAUUUGAGAAAUCAUCCGCGCCAAUUUGAAACAUGGUCAAUCCUAAAAUCAUAUUGAAACAAAUUCCAUUAAUAAGACUCGAGAGAAUUAAAUAAUAUUUUCUAUUAAAAGGCUUCCAAGAACAAGAUGCUGCACCGCGACAGGUGAUGCAAUCGAUGAUACAUACUUUAACAUUGAAAAAUCUGACAUCGAGACUGUUUAGACUAUCUGAUAACUUUGAUAUCGAUAUGCCGCCGAUUUCACCCUACUCAUCUAUGCAUCGGAACUAGGGCAACCGAUGCAGGCGCGGGGGCGGUCUCAAGUAAUCGCGAUAUUUCGGAAAAGAAUUUUGGUGAUAGUUCGGAAUUCCACAAGGAACAAAGUCUCGGCGAUCUGUCGGAAUCCGAAAAAGGGAAACAAGGUCUUAGAUUGUGGCCCUUGCGGACCCAGAGUCAUCCAUACUUCAAACAUGGAGAAUCAAGAUUUAAGAUUGAGCGAAUCGGAAUUAAUUUCUACAAUUGCUACAACAUUUUCUUUUACGAUAAAAGAAGAAGACUCAUGCAUGUCAAGAAGUAGUAGUAGUGAUGAAAGUGAUGAACUUUCGAGUGAUGAAGAGGAAGAUACGGAAAUUUUAUACGCUAUUCUAAUGGUGCAAAACACAAGAGGAGUGACUAUUCCAACUGAAAAAUUAUCAGAUUAUAUAGAACGAGUUGUGCCAGGUUAUUUACCACAACAAUUCAAGGAACACUUUAGGAUGUUUCCUGAAACAUACAACAUGAUAUUGCAUUUAAUCGGACCAGCUUUAUCUCAAACGACAAUUGGAAGAAAACAAAUAGACCCAGGAAAACAACUGUUAAUAACAUUAUGGUUUUUAGCUACACCAGACUCUUAUAGAUCAAUUCAUGUUCAAUUCGGAGUUGGCAAGGCAACUGCAUUCAGAGCAGUAAGACGGAUAACGUAUGCUUUACAUUGUCUCGCACCAAGGUUUAUUCAAUGGCCAAAAGGUGAAACAGUAAGAUGCACAAUUAACGAAUUUUCAAAAAUAAAAAAUUUUCCAAAUGUAAUUGGAGCUCUUGAUGGUUCGCACAUUAAAAUCAGAGCUCCAAAGGAAGAUGCUGCUUCAUAUAUAUGCAGGAAACAAUUUCAUGCAAUUCAUUUGCAAGCUGUGUGUAAUGCAAAAUGUGUGUUUACUCAUUGUUACGCAGGACAUGUCGGCUCGGUACAUGAUGCAAGAGUUUUUAGAAAUUCUACCCUUGCUCAUUACAUUGAGGUUCCAAAUGAAUAUUUUCCGUUUGACACUCAUAUUGUAGCAGAUGCUGCAUAUCCAAUUCAUCCGCAUGUGAUGGUUCCAUUUAGAGAUAAUGGUCAUCUCACAAUAUUUCAAACAAAUUACAAUACUCGUUUGUCUUCAACUAGGAUGGCCAUAGAGCGAGCUUUCGGAUUACUAAAAGUGCGGUUCCGUAUUCUACUAGAUUGUUUACCUUUGACUGAUGUAAAAAAGAUACCGCAAGUUAUAUUAGCUUGUUGUGUUUUACAUAAUAUCUGUAUGCUAAGAAAUGACGAGUUUCCAGUUGUGAUAUAUCCAGAAGAAAACGCUGUACCUGAUGUAAUAAGAGCAGAGGCAGAAUUAGGCAACAUUAAAAGAAACCGAAUUAUGUAUGAUUUAAGAAUGUAGCCCGGAUUCAUAAACAUUUUAUGCACAUUGUAAAUGAAAUUCAAUAAAUUUAUAUCAUGAAUAUA